CGUUGCACGUGUAGAAAGAUGAAGGCUUUUGACGAACUUGGACUUUCUUCAUGGUUGAUUGAUCAGUGCAGACAACUUGGAAUAUGCAAACCCAGUCCAGUGCAAGAGAACUGCAUCCCGGCCAUUCUGGAAGAGAUCAGCUCAUGGAAAUGUGCCGCUCCCUUCUGUGAAAUGAUGCUGUCUGGCUCAGAAGACGCACUGCUUGUAGGCUGCAUGUUAUCCGGUGUGAUGGGCUGGUAACUUGUGCUGGGAUCCUCUUUUCUCUGGUUGCUGUCAUGAAAUCUGAGAAAGAGAACUAUGUCCUACCCUGGCUGCCAUGUGCAAAAAGGAUCCAUGAAAAGAUAGCAUGUUAAGUGCCGUUUACUGUCACAUCCCAUUUCUACGCUCCCUGGUCGAGAUUGCAUGGGAUGUGCCAAAACAGGCAGUGGGAAGACAGCUGCAUUUGUGCUGCCUAUUCUUCAGAAACUGUCAGAGGAUCCUUAUGGAAUAUUCUGCCUGGUGAUCACACCAACCCGAGAAUUGGCCUAUCAGAUUGCAGAGCAAUUCCGGGUACUUGGAAAACCUUUGGGAUUAAAGGAUUGUAUAAUAGUGGGAGGAAUGGAUAUGAUUGCACAAGCCUUGGAGCUGUCCCGGAAGCCACAUAUUGUGAUAGCUACCCCUGGACGACUGGCAGACCAUAUACGAAGUUCCAAUACCUUCAGUAUUAAGAAGAUUCGAUUUUUGGUAUUGGACGAAGCUGAUCGACUUUUGGAGCAGGGUUGCACUGACUUCACUAAAGAUCUGCAGGUGAUCCUAGAGGCGGUUCCCGCUAAGCGUCAGACCCUCUUGUUUAGCGCAACACUGACAGACACUCUUCAGGAGCUAAAAUCAAUUGCAAUGAACAAGCCCUUCUUCUGGGAGUCCAUUUCAGAAGUGAGGACAGUUGAUGAGUUAGACCAGAGGUACAUCCUGGUGCCAGAGAAGGUAAAGGAUGCAUAUUUGGUACAUUUAAUUCAGAAGUUCCAUGAUGAACAUGAAGACUGGUCCAUAAUGAUCUUCACAAAUACCUGCAAGAACUGCCAGAUUUUAAACAUGAUGUUGCGGAACUUCAACUUUCCCUCUGUGGCUUUGCAUUCCAUGAUGAAACAGAAACAGAGAUUUGCUGCUCUUGCCAAGUUUAAAUCCAGUGUCUUCAAGAUCCUCAUUGCAACUGAUGUUGCAGCCAGGGGUUUGGAUAUUCCUACAGUCCAAGUAGUGAUCAACCACAACACACCAGGUUUGCCCAAGAUUUAUAUCCAUCGUGUGGGGCGCACAGCUCGAGCAGGACGUAGUGGAAUGUCAAUAACACUUGUGACGCAGUAUGACAUCCAUCUUGUGCACGCAGUGGAAGAGCAGAUCAAUUUAAAGCUACAAGAAUAUGCAGUGAAGGAGAGUGAAGUGUUGAAAAUUCUCACGCAAGUGAAUGUGACCCUUCGAGAAUGUGAAAUCAAACUCGAGUGCACAGACUUUGAUGAGAAAAAGGAAAUAAACAAGAGGAAGCAGCUAAUUUUAGAGGGAAAGGACCCAGAUUUAGAAGCAAAGAGGAAAGCAGAACUAGAAAAAAUAAAGAAGCAGAAAAAGAAAUUUAAAGAUCACAUACAGGAGACUUUGCAAAGUAAACAAGAGGCUGUGAUACGUAGAAAGCUAAGGAAGAAGCGCCUGCGACAAGCCAAAAAGACAGCCAAGGAGCAGCAAUGAUAUGGCCUCCCACAGCAGGACUAAGAUCAGCUGGCUUUCAUGCCUUUUAUAUAUAACUUUUGAGGUCCAAAGCAGACCAAGAAACACUUCUCGGACACUGGGGCUCCAGUACACCAGACAUGCAGAAACCACCAGUUACAGGACUUAGGAUCCAAGAUCCACAGUGACUGGUCUCUCACAGUUGGUACUGGGGCCCUGACCAUCAGUGGCCUUUUCUCAUAGAAAUUGGGUCCAGGACCAACGAUGACUUCUCAUAGCACUGGGGUCCACAACUAGUGACCUAACUGUCUUACUGUAGGAGAAGGCUACAAAGUGUUCUUGUUCUCUAUAAAUAUUUCUCCUUAGCAACCUAUAGCAGUUUUCAGUUUGUUUUUUCUUAGACUAUUAACGGGACGUUUCACCUCAACAUAUCACCAGUAAAAUGUUUAAUGAAAAUGAAACAAUGUUUUAAUAUAUUUUCAUUAUUAUGCCUAUGAAAGCAUGUUUGUUCCACUCCCUCCCAGAGAGACUGGAGUGCUUAAUUAUGGUGAAAUGUACCGGAUCUUGAAAAAUGUACAGUGAUUGGUUAGUUCAGAUCACAAGCUCAUUUAUACCUGCCGCUAUUUGGCAAUACAAAAGUAAACUAAUAUCAUUUCUCCAGUAUUGUCAAGAGAAUUAUACCUGAAUUUUUCUUUUGCAAAACGUAAAUUGUGCUAACAAAGUGAGUUUUUUUUUUUUUAAAAUGAUAUUAAGACAAAUCGUUUCCAGUGCAGAUGAGUUGUAUCCAGAAUUAUUCCCAAAUCCAGACUUUUUAAAUCAUAUUUUUUUCAAAUAAUAUUAUAAAAAAUUAAGUCACAA